AUGAAGAUCCCGAGAGAUGGCGUGGAGGAUACGCUUCUCUAUGAGAUCAUGUACUUCUCCCCAGUGGAGCUCGGGGACGAACGCUACACCAACAAACUGUACUUCCAGACAGACAUUUAUCAUCGCAAGUGGCCAACGCUGAUGGCUGAUCGCAUGUCACACCAGAUUGAGAAGCUGAAGCAUUGCGAGAUGGGCAUUGUCGCCUUCGAUGACGACUUCAAGCAGAGCCACAGGGAGGCCGUCAUGGGCUUCUGCAAGAUGGCCUUGGCCUAUCUCGAUGCGCGCGAGGCUCGCAUUGCCAUGAAGCUGUGUGAGCACUGCUUGCCUGCCACGCAGUCUGCAGAGCCGCGACUCCAGACUGAUCCGGAUGCCGACUUCGACUUCUUGAGGAUCAUCACUCUGUCCGUGUUGGCCUGCGCUGCGCGGCGCGUGAAGUUUUUCCAGAAGGCCAUUGACGCGCUGGCCGAGGCGAAGAGCCUAUGUCUGGCGGGGGACGACAGCACCCAGCAGCACCCGCUGCUUAUUGCGCUGACUCUGCUGAACCUCUCCGCUGUUCUGGGAGACAUCGACCACGAUGAGCAGGGCCUGCGGUGGGGCCUGGAGGCGCUGGCAAUGAUGUACAACAUCUUCUCGACUGUGGAGCUCCCUGAGAUGGUGCAGGCCUACUACCUGUCGCUGACUUGCCACAACGCGGCGCUGCUCAACGUGAAGCUGGGCCGCUGGAUGGACGCCCAGGAGCUGGUGGAUGAGGGCAUCGAGUUCACUAAGAUCCUCGGGGAAAACGACGACAACCUGCGCAGCAAGCUCAUCACGAUAGGCGCCCAAGCCAAGCAUCUCCCCGAGGGCUUCCUCACAGAGGCGGUGAACGCCCUGAACGGCUGGUGUGAGGAGCGGGGCGUUUGGAACUUGAGCUUCUGGGACUUCAGCAUGGCCGAGGUGAAGGAAGUGGUGAGGGUGCUGCAGAACACCUUGACGCUCCAAAAGCUCGUCAUGGAUCAGAAAGAUGAUGACAGGCGCUACGAGGCGUCGGUGGAGAAUGCACACCUGGCCCAGCUCAUGAUGGCAGUGAUUGAAUGCCACUGCAUAGAGCUGAUCACCAUCUCUGGCAUCGACUUCUACCCACGCAAAGUGUGGCGACGGGUCAAGAAGAGGGGCUUCUUGGAGACCUCUUGGUAUGCCUCGGCCCUGAACUUCGCGGACGUUUGGGGUGGCACGCAGACGCCGGAACUCGGUCAGUACGACGGUCUUCUGGCUAAGCUGAACCACUUCUCCAAGAAGUUGGUCAUUGCCCUGGUGGUGGUUGGCAACGAGACGGAAGGCAUCGACCUCUCGAACAAUGGCAUUAACGUGACCAGCAUCAGCAUGUUGACUCAUGCUCUUUGCCUCACUGACAGGCAACUCGAGCGCACUCGACCCUGUCGUGUUCUGGUGCUGCGCAACAACGACUUAGGGCUCGAGGCAGCCCAGGAGCUGGCGAAGAUAUGGGCGGCGGCAGAGCAGCCUGCGGACGAGGACGAGGCCUCAGAUGACGACGAUGCCUUUGAUGAUGAGGACGAGGAGUUCGACCCAACAAAGGAAAAGCCCGUUAAGGACGAUCUCAAUAGCGUGACGUCGCUGGAUGUGUCGCAGAACCCGACGAUUGGCGACGCAGGAUUCCAGGCAAUCGUUCAAGGCAUCUCACGAUACAACUGCUUCAAGGCCCUGCGUGCCAAUGACAUCGGCCUCACAUCCGCUGGAUGCCGCAUGGAGGGCAUGGACAGGACAAGGCUUGACGUGCUGUGCCUCUCGAACAACCCUUUGGGAUGCGAAGGUGUUCAGACCCUUUGCGAAGCGCUCGAGAGCUGCUCUCGGCUGCGGCAGCUGCAGUUGGACCGGUGCGGCAUCCAGCUGGAGGGAGCCAAGGCUCUUCGGGAGCUGCUCAGGAAUCAUGAGAAGCUGCAAGAAGUCUCAGUGGCACAUAACAUGCUCUGCGACGACGGCGCGGUGGAGUUCUGCUCGGGAGUGGCCGAGUCCUCGCUGAAGGCGGUGAACUUGGCGCACAACGAGAUCUUUAGCGACACGGCCUCGGAGUCCAUCGGAGACAUGAUGAAGAGCUGCCAGUCGCUGCUGAAGCUGGUGAUCUCUGGGAACCAUUUGGACAACUUGGGACCAUCGCAGAUAGGCAGCGCGAUCGAGCACAGCAGGGUGCUCACGCUGCAUUUGGAGGACAUGGGCCUGUCUGCUGACGCCAUGGACGAUUUCCUGGACCAGGGCGCGGCGGAGACGCAGGACCUCCAGGAGCUGAGCCUCAAUAACAAUCCCAUUGGUGAUGAAGGGCUAGGCAUCAUCGCUGAGAGUCUCAGCAUCGGGCUCACGAACUUGCGGAUCUCGCGGUGCGGCCUGACGAACACCUCCCAGGCCAUGCUGCUUAGCCUGGUGUCGCUUUCGCCGAACCUCCAGCGUUUGGACGUCAGCUACAACGAUCUGGGUCCGCGUGGCUGCGCUGACAUGGUCAAAUGGAUGGAUCAGAAUGACAAGGAGUCCUUCUCUUUGUGCUACCUGGAACUCUCUGGCUGCAACCUGGGAGAUGAAGGGUUCCAGCUUCUGGUUCCCAUCAUGGGCUCGCUGAGAUAUUUAGGGCUUCGGGACAACGGAAUCACAUCAGCAGGAUUGCAGUCUGUCAUGAGCGCGAACCAGAUGGUAAAGAUGCAGACAUUGGACUUGGAGGGCAACCACAUCGGAGAGCCGGGUGUGCACUCCUUGACGGAGCGCUUCCAGAAGGAGCACAAGCGGUCUUUGUGGAACCCCAAGCAGCUGACCUCCAUGAUCGACUUGGUCAUCCUCAAGAACAACGACAUCUCGCCGGCCCUGGCUGCGUCAACAGAGGCUUUCAUUAAGAUCUACAACCCGCUGAUGACUGUGGCGUGGUAG